AUGGCUACGACUCAGGGUGGCAGGACAUACAAUGAUGCCAUCGACGCUCUCAAUUCCCUCCAGACCCCGUACGCCAUCAUCGAAGCCCGGCGCAAGGCUGGCAUCCGGCCCGAUGCCGCCUCCAUCGCCGAGAUGCGCGUCUACCUGCGGCGCAUUGGCCUGAACCCCGCGGACCUCGACCGCCUCAACAUUGUCCACGUCGCCGGCACCAAGGGCAAGGGCAGCACCUGCGCCUUUACCGCUUCUAUAUUGCAGCGCUACCAGGCUUCCCGGGGCGUACCGCGCCGCAUCGGCCUGUUCACCAGCCCGCAUCUGAUUGCCGUCCGCGAGCGCAUCCGGAUCGACGGCCGCCCCAUUGCCGAGGACCUCUUUGCCAAGUACUUUUUCGAGGUCUGGGACCUUCUGGGCCAGGCCGAGGAGCAGGAGAAGAAGCAACAGGCGGACGCCGAUGCCUUGGGUGGCGAGGAGAGCAACAGGGGCGGCGUGCCCAUGGCCACCCGGCCCAUCUACGCCCGCUACCUGACGCUCAUGAGCUAUCACGCGUUCCUCCGCGAAGGCAUCGACGUGGCCGUGUACGAGACGGGCAUUGGCGGCGAGUACGACGCCACCAACAUUGUGGAGCGGCCCGUCGCCUCGGGUAUCAGCACCCUUGGCAUUGACCACGUCUUUGCUUUGGGCGAUACGGUCGACAAGAUUGCGUGGCAUAAAGCCGGCAUCAUGAAGACGGGCUGUGCUGCCUUUACCAUUGAACAGGUACCCGAGGCCGCCGAGGUCUUGGUAAACCGGGCUCAACAAAAGGGCGUCGAUCUCAAGGUCCUGGAUGUCGACCCGAGGCUAAAGGGCAUCGAUGUCCGCCCCGAUGCCUUGUUCCAGAAGAAGAAUGCCACCUUGGGCGUGGCGCUAGCUGAAACGGCAUUGACGAGACUUGACCCCAGCUUCAAGCGUGAUUCCGAGAAGCUGCCUCAGGAAUUCAAGGACGGCCUUGAACAGGUGGUCUGGCGCGGUCGGUGCGAAGUCAAGCCAGAAGGGCCAGUGGUUUGGCACGUCGACGGCGCCCACACGGUCGAUAGUCUGAAAAUGGCUACCAAGUGGUUCGCGGGUGAGUGCUCUGGGCGCAAGGGCCCCAAGGCGCUCAUCUUCAAUCAGCAAGGCCGGACUGAGGCGGUUGAUUUCCUGGACGGCAUGGUGGACGCGCUCAAGGCACACGGUCAAGGCGGAUUCGCGCACGUGGUGUUUUGCUCCAACGUGACCUAUGCAGCCACGGGAUAUAAGCGAGACUUUGUCAACUAUCAGUAUGAUCCAGAGGCUAUCAAGAAGCUGACGGCUCAGCACCAGUUUGCCGAGAAGUGGUCAUCACUCGAUCCAGAGGCAAAGGUGGUUGUUCUUCCCACUAUCGAGGAUGCAAUCAACUAUGUACGGGAUCUGAGUAAAGAUGUUCAAGGGGAGGAGACGGUGCAAGCACUUGUCACGGGCAGUCUCCAUCUUGUUGGCGGCGCGCUGGGCAUAUUAGAGAAAGCGGAUGCGCUUUGA